UUGAUUUCUGGUGCAACGUGCAGCUGAUCUGCUCAUCAGCGAUGUGCUCAGUUAUACCAGCUUCAGGUGUGAUGGAGUCGUCUGCGGGGAGCCCGGGAGGCGGCGGCGGCGCGGAGACAGAGCGGAGAGGCGCCAAGAGGAAGAUUUCCCUCACGGACUGCGCUGUUUGUGGAUCAGAUGAGGCCAAGUACAGAUGCCCUGCCUGUCUGACGCACUCUUGCAGUGUUUUGUGUGUGAAAAAGCAUAAAGAAGAUUCUGGGUGCAGCGGAGUCCGAAACAAAACUGCUUUUUUGCCUCUGUCACAUUUCGAUGAAAUGGCGCUUCUUAAUGACUACAGGUUUCUGGAGGAUGCUGGGCGGUUUGUUGAUGGCACAAAAAGAGACAAACUUGUCCUCAAUCCCCGUAUCACCAUGAAAGCCAAGAGGAUGAUCAUGUACGCCCGCCGGAUGAACAUCACGCUGAGAAUGCUCCCCAUCGCCUUCACCAAGAGCCGAGAAAACUCCACCUUCUUCCUCAACAGAGAACGGCAAUUCCUGUGGCACCUGAAGCUCAUGUUUCCUCAAUGCAGCUCAGAGUUCAGUCAGAUGAGGGUGUCUGAUCAGAAGACCUUGGAACAGAUAUUGACCUUUUACAUUCACCCUACAGAGUCGAAUCCUGUUGCACGUCAAAAGUUAAUGCUAUAUGUGCGCCCUACAUUUGACGACGUGAAAGUCUUCAUGAAAGUCGAGGAGGAUGAGGCAGACUCUGUAAGGUACCACGAGUUUGAACUGAAGAAGAGCCUGAGGGAGAACCUAAGCUACACAACACUGGUUGAAUAUCCUGAGCUGCACGUUGUGCUCAAAGAUCAGUGGGAGAAUUAUCCGACAAAAGCACCAGCCGAGCCUGCACCAACCCGCAGUGGCCCUGCAACAAAGAACGCUGUGGUGGACCAAAAGACUGGGGCCGCGAUCCAACCAUCGUCCUUACCACCAAGGUCGUGCAGCCCAUGGGCAACCAGACCGAGGCCGUGCAGCUUAUGGGCAACCAGCCUGCCGACAAAGAAAAACGAGGGAGGGGGAGAAGAGAAGGAAGAAGUAGAGGAAGGGGAGAUCAUAGGUAGUAGUGAGGAGGAGGAGGAGGAGGAGGAAGAGGAAAAUGUGUCCUGUGAUAAGAGCUGUGGUGAUCCCAAACGUCCUGCUGGAGAUGCAAGUUUGAAUACAGAUGAAACGGCAGGUUGUAUCGAGCAGCCUGAGGAUGCUGCAAACACACAGCGAUCAGUGCGUAGGAACAUUACUGGAGCUGCCGAGGACACUUCAGCUGCCAGAGAGCGCUAAGGUCAGCAUGACGGAGAGGGAAGCCGUGCAAGAGGCCUGUUCAUACCCAUCCCUGUCGAGAGGGUCGUGAAAAGUCUGGGGCAGGGAGUUAUUGUUUUUUUUUGUUUGUUUUUGUUUUUUUCAAAAGAAACAUUUAUUUUCAAAGAAACAUUUAUUUGCUGUCAUAUUUUAUUAAGAAAAAUAUUGUAUUUGAAAUGUUUGAGUCUGUGUGAUAAUGCUCCGUUUCUCUGAACACAUAAUGUAUUUGAAAUUAUU